CCACCAUGCACAGCUCCUCCAGCCCGUGGGUGAUGCUGCCUCCGCAGCGUCUGCUCCUCCUCCUGCUGCUGCUGCUGACUGCCGCUGGCCCCACCUCAGCCCUCACAGAGGAUGAGAAGGAGACCAUGGUGGAACUUCACAACUACUACCGUGCCCAGGUGUCCCCACCGGCCUCAGACAUGCUGCAGAUGAGGUGGGACGACGAGCUGGCCGCCUUCGCCAAGGCCUACGCUCAGAAGUGCGUGUGGGGUCACAACAAAGAGCGCGGGCGGCGCGGAGAGAACUUGUUUGCCAUCACGGGCGAGGGCAUGGACGUGCCGCUGGCCGUGGGGAACUGGCACGAGGAGCACGCGCAUUACAACCUCAGCACGGCCACCUGCGAUCCGGGCCAGAUGUGCGGCCACUACACUCAGGUAGUGUGGAGCAAGACUGAGAGGAUCGGCUGUGGGUCCCACUUCUGCGAGACGCUCCAGGGAGUGGAGGAAGCUAACAUCCAGUUGCUCGUGUGCAACUAUGAGCCCCCGGGGAACGUGAAGGGCCGUAAACCCUACCAGGAGGGGACUCCCUGCUCCCAGUGCCCUCUUGGCUACAGCUGCGAGAACUCUCUCUGUGAGCCCAUGAGAAACCCGGAAAAGGCGCAGGAUUCGCCUCCAAGGGUGACCGAGGUCCCUUCCACCCGAGCAACUGAAACCCUAAGCUCCAGGGAAACCGCUACUUCAUCCCUAGCAACCUCUGAGACUCUACAUUUCUCCUCGGUAACAAAGGUCUCAGACUCCCCGGCAACCGAGUCCUCACCUACGGUAGAAACAAAGGCCGCAUCUUCCUUAGCAACCGGAGGCCCCUCCUCCAUGGCAACAGAGGCUCGGUCUUUUCUAACUGAGGUCCCCUCGGUUUCUGCAACGCACAAACAGCCCUCACUGGAUGAAGGGCCGGUUAACUUUCUCACAUCAACUCAUAUCCCCAUCCCCAAAUCUAUGGACAAAGAAGCCAGCAAGUCGAGCGCAACCUCUGUGAGCCCAGAGAAAUCCCUGCACCCCAAGAUGUCCCUGACAGAGACAGGAGAGUCACUACCUCAAAUCCAGGAGGAGGCUGAGCCCAAGGCCGAGUCGCCCGAGGCCGUGGCCAAGCUGCCUGAGGCCGAGUUGCCUGUUUCCAGUGAGGCUUCGGUUCCAGUUCUUCCAGUCCAGGAGCACGAUGGACAGAAGGCCUCACUGGAACACUCGGGCCGUCCUGCCUCCACAUCCCUACCCAACUUGCCUAGUGCCGCGGGUAAUGCCACAGGUGGGCACACCCUGGCCCUACAGUCAUCCUGGACAGGUGCAGAAGACCCUGAAAAGGCCAACUGGGAUUUGAAGAAUUCUGCUCAUGUGUGGGGCCCUUUCCUGGAACUGCUGCUGCCUCCCCUGCUGUUGGCUGGCAUAUUCUGAGGGGGGACACCCGAAGGCCUGGGAGAAGAGGUCAGCUGCCCAACUGUGGUGUCCUGCUAUCCUGUCCAACCUGGCUAAAGCCCCUCUGGAAGGGAAAGGCUGUGGGGUCAUCAGUAACUGCACACCAGGGCCCUUCCUGUCCCUCACAGUGGAGUUCUCCCAAGGACACGAUUGAUUCUGAGGAUACUUGUCUGCUCCACAGGGUGGGGUUGGGAUUACUGUCUGCCUGCAGGCUGUAGGGCUCCCCAUCUCUGAGUGCCCGUGUGGCUUGGAUGGCAGACCUUUGGGUAAAGUAAAGAACAAGCCCCAACCAAGUGGGGUUCUGUGGGUUGGGGAGACAGGGAGCAGGGAAUGGAGACAGCCUUGACUCCUGAAUAAAACCUGUCUGAGA